AUGAGGUGGUCUUUUAUAUUCGCCUUAAUAGUGUCCCUGUUCCUACUGGGGACAUUGGCAGCGCCAGCUUCGCCCGCGGGACGACGCAAUGUUGCAUUCGCCAACUUGGAGGUCAGACAGGAAAAGGAAACGGACUCUACAAAAACAGAGAAUACUGCCAGUGAGACUACGACGGCAACCCAAACAGAUACAACGAAAACAGCAACCGAGGCUUCAACAUCUGCCGAAACUACAACGACAGGCGCUACUACCUCGACUACUGGCUCGACCACUACAACGCACGCGACAACGCAUGCUACAACAACGACUUCUGCCGCUUCUGCUACCUCCACUGUACCUUCGCUCGAUGGAGCAACUGAAUCUUCUCAGCAGGAAGCGGCAGACUCCAGUAGGCCGACCUACUCCGGUGGUCUGCCAAUCAAACCGGUGAUCACGCCGGCAUGGGGCGUUGGGGGAGUUAUACUUAUUGCCCUCGGGGCUGUUCUGGCUUUCAUUGGUGUCCGGCAACAAUGGGUCCAAAUCUUCCUCUCAACCGGAUUCCUUAGCGCAUUGGGAGUUACCGUCCUCAUUAUCUAUGUAAUGAGCCCACCGGUCAGCAAUGCUGUACAGGGCGGUUAUCUCGUCGCUGUCUUCUUCACCGGCGUUGUGUUCGGUGCUUUAUCGCUCGUCUUCAGGGAGAUAUGCGAGGGAUUGGGCUGUCUUCUAGGCGGUUUCUGCCUGAGCAUGUGGUUCCUUGCCUUGAAAUCCGGGGGUCUUGUAACCGAAAGUGGCCCUAGGGUCGGCAUGAUCAUUGCCUUUACCGUGGGUUUCUACUGCCUAUCAUUCAGCCACUAUACACGAUCUUACGGGUUGAUCGGUUGCACAUCAUUCGCCGGUGCAACUGCCUUUGUCCUUGGAAUCGAUUGCUUUAGCAGAGCUGGAUUGAAAGAGUUCUGGUUAUACAACUGGAACUUGAACCAAAAUGUCUUCCCUCUUAACACAGACACCUACCCCGUGACACGUGGUAUUCGUGUUGAGCUUGCCGUAACUAUCAUUAUCGCUGUUCUAGGAGUAAUCUCCCAGAUCAGACUUUGGAAUCUCAUCAAAGAUCGCAGAACCAAGGAAGAAGAAUCCCGCCUGGAACACACUCGAAAGAUCGAAGAAGAAGAUCUCGAAAUCGGUCGCCGACUCGAGGAGAAGAAUAUCCAAGAACGCGCUGAAUGGGAACUCAUUUACGGAACUGGAAAAGCCGCGGAUGGCAAAACCGCCUCGAUUUCAGAGACUGCGGUCGGUGACUCGCGACGGGGCUCGGAGGCGUUCGAGUCCUCUGACAACGAUAAGGAGGGUGAGAUUGAGCUCAAGGAAAUCUCGAGCCCGGAUGCGUCUUGUAGUGCCUCUGAUGGCGAGAAGAACCGUCAGGGUGAAAACGGUACUCGCGAACUUGAGGCUGUACCUGAGGAGGACUCAUCCCAGCAGGAUCAAUCACAGGAUGCAGAGGAAAAGGGUGUCGAAAAGGAGGAUCAAUCUGAAGAAAAGAUGCCGAGACCUACCACACCUGUUAUGACUCAUGUUCUUGGUGAGGGCAAUGAUGAGUCCUCUGAGAUCGGUGCUGAGAUCGGUUCGGAGGUCGGCACGCCGCGCUCGAAACGGUUCUCCGGCAGAGAAAUGUUGAACCGGUUGUCUUGGCGGCACAGCAAUGGUGUGAUGACGACUUCACAGUCGCAGGAGAAUCUGGUGGCUCAUGAUGAUGCCAGUUCUUCUGUCCUGGGGGUUGUGGAUGAUCUCCAUGAGAUGAGCGUUGGCUGUCCGAGUGUUAUAUCAGAUGCGGAUGUUCACGAGCAAACGCGCGAAAUUAGAGCCGAGUUAUCUCCAGAGAAGGACUCGGCAGGUGUGGACAUCAAGUCAAAUUCCGGCUCACAAGCUGUCCAAGAUGUUGGACUCCAUGUCGAUACAGCCAUAUCCCAGGAUGCCGAGAAAGUGACCACCGAAGAAGUCGAUACUAGCGAGACUAUUCAGCAGGUAUCUCCCCUCGAGAGCACUGUUAUUGCCAACAGUCCCCAGAAUUCUGGAAUCUCCGAAGUGUCGGAGAAGCCACAAUCGCCAGAAACCCCCGCAACAGAUGUUCAAGCAGACAUUCCAGAUGGCUCAAAGAAGAUCGAGGAAGCCAAGCCCCAACCUACAUUGGAGCCGUCACCUAUGAAUGAUACAGAAGUGGAAAAGGUGGAGGCCAAUGAAGAUCAGCCUCCUACUGCUAAAACCAUCGAGGCCGAGUCUAUUCCCGAGAAGAUUGUAUCUUUGCCCGAGCCCAAGGUUGAGCCAAAGAUCAAAGUAAUCAAGAAACUAGAUGCGUCAAGCAUCAAGCAUAUCCCCGAGCAAACAUCACGAGUGAUCCAUUCGUAUCGGACGAAUGAAUGGGCCAAGCAUCUCGCAGAUGCGGACACCCCUGAGAUGGAACCGAUUGAGUUCGAGCCGGAACCCGAGGCAGAAGCUUCAGAGGAAGUUCGCGAGACCGCAGCAUUUGUCGAUGUAGGCGGUCUUCUCCAGACGCCUCUUACCGCACAACCACCACCAAUCGUGAACAGACCUGAAUUGGAUGAUAUGGACAAUCAACAACCAUACAUCUCAUCGGCACCCUCACCAGAUAUUCCCCGAUCAAAGACACGGACUGGCGCGCAAGGUCUCGGCAAAGCGAAUCUAAGUCUAACCCGGAACGACUCGACAGCUUCGGUAAACAUGUUACGAUCGGCUUCUAAUCCGUUUACAACCCAAGAACCGGGAUUGACGUCGAUGCGCUGCGCAUCGACUCCCCUGUUGACAGUCACUACUCCCAACGAGCCCAAAGAAGCAGAGCCAUCGUCGCGCUGGAAUGGGCCACCUCCCCUCCUCGCAAUUCGCGAGAACAUGGUCCGAAACCGCAUGUCCUCAACAUCCAACCGUUUCGAUCCCUGGGCCGCACGCAACUUAUCCCGACAGUCUCUACCUGAUAUGGCACCCCUCGUCUCCCCGGUAUCACCAGUAUCACCACCGCUCUCCAUCCCAGAAGAAAAGGAGAUAGAACACGAGCAAGCCCAACCCAACGAGGAUGACAUCCCACUUUCCAAACGGCGCGCCCUGCUACAGCGCCAGACAAUGCGGUCUUCAUCUGCAUUAAGCCUUGAGAAUCUCCAGGCUGCCCAGUCCCCUAUGUAUCCGCCGGCAGAUCCCGCCGGCGAGCUGAAGCGGUCUGCUUCAAGAAUGGCAGCGUGGCGACAAUCGGUCCGCGAGGAAAUCACUCAAAAGCGAAAUCCUUUGGCCAUGCAGCCCCCGCCCCUCAGCCCAGCCGGUCCUCCCGACCAGCGGCGCACAUGGAGCUCUGUGCAGCAGAUGCGGGAGUCUUCGUCUGCUCAGCUGGGCAAUGCCAUCGCAGACGGCAUGCAGCGUGGCAACAUGACGGAUCUGCACCGCCAGGCAAUGCGGCGCAUGCAGGCUUCAGCGAAUCGAAAGCUAUAUCAACUCCGUCAUUCGUUCGCGCCCAGCGGCGACAGCCCGCCGUCGCUCCUCCGCCCACCAGCAGUCCGACUCGCAAACCCAGUCAACCACGUCCCACGAAUAACCCCCAUAACCGUCCGCCCCCACCAAUCCGACGAGAGUCUCCCACUCAGCUUCGACCACUCACGCGACGUCCACCCCCUCCUCAGCGUCCCAGAGCGACGCCGCUCCCGCCUAAGCCCAUCCCCGAGCAGCCUACUCGUCGAGCGCAGCCAGGGGGAAACAGAAAGUGGCCGGACUAGCAUUGCUCUGCCCCGACGACACCGUCGCAGCGAAGAGUUCACAGAAAUGACGGCCGCGUUCGCGGGCAGCGCAGCGCGCGAAACAGAGAACCUGCGCCCUCCCGAAGCUGUCCACCUCACACAGAACGGCACCCGACAGAACGACCGUUUCCGCUACACCCAGUCACAAACUUCCCUCCACUCCCAGUCCCAGUCUCAGUCCCAGAUCGCUUCCGUCCCGUCGCAUACUGGGUACCCGCAUGCCGAUGUCGCUGAGGAGCUCGCCUGGGGCCCUGCUCACCCCUGUUUUCCGCAUAUUAAUCCCCAUGUGCCUGUCGGGUCGCGGGAGUACCUCACAACGCGCGUGAUUCGCAUCCGGCGAGAUUGGAUGAUCAGGGGUGAUUUGGCGCCGACGUUUUCGAAUUUGUAUCCUGAGAUUCUUGAUCCGUUGUUGUCGGAGCAGGAGUUUCGCCGGGUUAUCUCUACCGUCAACGAUGGUGUUAUCAAGGCGUUUGAUCCGUUCAGUUUUCGGAAUUGGUUCGACAGCACGAUGGGUUUGUUGACGGGCUGGGUAUGGGAUGAUAUCAAUGCCCCCGCGACGAAAAGCCAGUUGCAGCGUGUCGAGGCUUGGUUGGAGAAUUGGAACCGCGAGGUCGGUGCCAAAGAUGGUGUUCAUAUCUGGAGCUUGAGGCGGACGGCCUAUAUGUCGCUUGAUAUCCAGAUUCCCGAUCCCAAGGUUGGCAUUGUACCCAGUGAAGCCCCUUCAGCUGCUAAUACUAGGCCGAGUACUGGUAUUGGGGCUGGCUCUUGA